AUGGGUACAUAUCAUUAAUUUAUCAAUCCAAAAUUUGAUGUAGCAACUGGAGAUUGCCCCUUUUAAAUUGGACCCCAAGAGCAGGAAGUCGCGCUCUCGGCUCUCAUAUAGGGAAAGCGAGUGACCAGUGCGGUGUCAUAAAUGUAUUCCAUAACAACAACAAUGGCACAACGGACGGGUAUGACAAAGUCGUUUUGAUAAUACUAGCUAGUUAUUCACUUUCAUAGUUCUGGUGCUUUUUCGUAGUAAACUCCCUGCAAAGAAGCGUGAGAAGUUAUUAUUAGGGAGAAAUGGCGGACGGCGGAGGCUUCGAGGCGGGUGAUGUUGUCGACCCACCCAUUGCGCCGAAUAUCAUCUGUCCCCUUGUCACGGUUUCGGACCUACCCAGCCCCACAGCUGCAGGUAAAACACAACACGUUGAAUGUUUACACUGUUCUACCACCUAGCUGUGCAAGAGAACACAGCAGCAUUAGCAUUAGUGUGAGAAACUAGAUUAAUUCUCAGUAAACAGGCUGGGCUAUAUUUGGUUAAAACUUGCGUUGCAUAUGCCUGCGUAAUUACGCAAAUUAUAACAUGUCAGUGAACUACAUCGAUUUGAGCACUUUUAUCACUUCAUUUAUUCGUAAUUUAUAUUUUCACUAUUUCAUCUAGGUAAUGUGUACAUCAAUGACACAUCUCAAGUCAAUAUUUGCAUGCAUGGAUGGUGUAUGAUUUAUUUAUAGCCACUAUGCAACCAAGUGGUAGUGGAAAUGGUAGGCCUGUCAGUUAGCACAGCAUCAUCUGAUCUGGGUAUUUGGAGCUUUAGCUUAGCUCUUUCUCCUCCAGGCCGUAACCUGAAGGAAUGGCUGCAGGAGCAGUUCAAUAAAAAGCCUGAAGAGCAGAGUGAGGAUGCCCUGCUCCACAACGCUGCUUACGUAGGAGACCUGGAUACUCUGAGGAACCUGCUGCAGGAGGACAGCUUCAGAGAGUGAGUGAGGGAGGGAGGCCACUGGACCUUACUGCAUUAUAUAACCCCAUCUCCAACCUGUUCUGCACCCUUCCCACUUCCCACAUGCAUGCAAAUAUCCUAUGCACAUACUGUAUUUAGCAAAGUCAGAAAGCCACUAUCUUACCCCUUUCAUAUCCAACACAGUCAUAUUCAAGACGUAGGCCUAUUGCACGAAAAUCCCUUCCACCCUUCUGUAUCUCUCUUUAGUUUGUAAGUGUGUGUGUGUAUUGGAAACAAUUUUUAGGAUAAGACACCAAUCGGCAAUACCGCCCCUUUAUUUAACAGCGUCUUGACAGUUAAACUAGUCUACUAAAUUGGUAUGAGUUCUGAGCUAACAUCUAUUGGCUGUCAGGCGGAUAAACGAGAAGUCUGUGUGGUGCUGUGGUUGGCUGCCCUGCACCCCUCUGCGCAUCGCUGCCACAGCCGGUCACGGGGCCUGUGUGGCCUACCUGAUAGGCCAGGGGGCCAAGGUGGACCUAGUGGACGUGAAGGGUCAGACAGCCCUCUACGUGGCGGUGGUCAACGGACACCUGGACUGUGUGACCAUCCUCCUAGAAGCUGGAGCUGGCCCCAACGGCAGCCGCCACCACCGCAGCACUCCCGUCUAUCACGCUGCACGGGUAGGCAGGGUGGACAUACUCCAAGAGCUCAUCAGGUGAGUGCUUUAACUUUCCAUGCCAAUUUAGUUUAUUGAAUUGGAUUGAAUGAAGGAGGCAAUAAUGGCUAUAGGAGGGGUCAUCUGCUAGUAUUUGUUGAUUGAAUUGCCUAGGAACAAAAAUAGAAUCAGGGGUCAUUUUUCUUGGUGAAGGGAGGAAACCAAUACAUUCUGAAAAAACCUUAUUGUCUUAUUACGCAGUUAUUGUCCAUUACUUUUGUGUUAUUGUCUGAUUGAUCAGUGUUGUUGUCUAUUUCUAACAUGUCCCAUCACCAUGGUCGUGUUCAUUAGGGCACACAAUGGAAAAUUAGCGUUUCUUAUUGGACAGUCAGGUUGUCCCUCCAUGUUUCAGUAAAACAAUUCCCUAUGGUGCCUAAUCGACACGACCCAUCUCUCCAGGUUCCAUGCCGACGUAGAUGUGGACCACCAGCUGGGUGCCAGGCCCCCGUUUGGCGCAGCCCGCACCCUCACCACCCUGGUGGUGUGCCCGCUCUACAUCAGCGCCGCCUAUCGCCACCUCCACUGCUUCAGCCUGCUGCUGGCGGCUGGCGCCCAGCCGGACUACAACUACAACGGACCAGUGAGCCGCGAGGCACUAGCCAAGGGUUUGGCCUCCUGCCUGCUGGAUGCGGUGCUGAGACACGGCUGUGAGGCGGCAUUCGUCAGCCUGCUGCUGGACCAUGGGGCCAAGCCCAGCCUGGUACCCUGGGAGCAGCCCCACCGAGAGGGGGCGACCGCCGGGGGGCGAGAGAGGGUCGACCCCGAAGCCUUGCAGCUCUACUUGGAGGCCAGAAGUGAGUAGAGUUCCAUCCCCUCUGACCUUCACACAGCACCAUUACAUUGACAUUUUAGUCACUUAGACGCUCUUAUCCAGAGCCAUGAGGCGGUAUGAUAUGAAAAGUCACAGAAAUAUUAAUGAUGGUAGUAGUGGGUUGGGUGUAUAAAGCCCAUCUUUAUUUAUUUGUUUAUAUCUAUUUGACUAUCGCCUAUGAGUUUAUUGAAAACAUACCAUGGCAAUAUGGCAGAAGUGUAAAUGUACAUACUGUAACAGCAACAUACAUUGCACACAUCACAAAUAGGAAAUGAACACUCGCAAAUACCUUUGAGGUCAUUGAUAUAAAAUAAUAUGGAUUUGAAGAGUUAAGUUACAAAACAUUAUAUCCACCAAUUUUUCACACUUGUGUUUUGUCAUCAAAUGAUUGCUUAUAGGUAACUUCGUGUGUGUGUAAAAUAUUACUGUUCUCAGAUUUUUUAUUCAAAGAUUUGAGACGUGUAUUAAAAUGGAUUUUGUUGCAAAACGCUAUAUAUCCAUUGUUUAGCUGGAAUGGAAUAUUUGUAUUCUGUAUAUUUGACUGUGGAUAUAUGGUUGUCUCACCUAGCUAUCUUAAUAUACUGUAAAUACACUAACUGUAAGUCGCUCUGGAUAAGAGCAUCUGCUAAAUGACUCAUGUCAAAUGUAAAUAUUUUACAUACAAAUCCCAUAUCACUCUAUUAAUAGAUUGUUUUAUAUUGAUGUCACAAAUGUAUUAUUUGUACAGUUCUUUAUUAAAAAAGAAUCAAGUUAUCACAUUUGACUGUGUAAAACCCAUGAGUACUACUUAUUCCUCUGAGAGUGAGGUGGAUAUAUAGCAUUUUGCAACAAAACAUGAAUAUUUGUCUCUCUGAAAUGACACCAUCAAGUGAUUGAUUUCAAUCAAAUACAUGUCAGUCAUUGAACAACCCCAUGCCAUGAUUAGAUGGUGAAAAAACACACCAAGCUCUUUCAUAAGUUCUCUAAAAAAUAAAAGCUAAUUUACCAACAUUUCUGAAAAUGGAUAUAUAGUGUUUGGAAUUAAACUCUUCAUUUACGUUACUUAUUUAUUUAUUUAUUUAUUGAUUUUACAUAACUAGCCUCGUGGAGAACCAGGCUUCCCUAAUUAGGUAAACCUGGUGAAGUCAAUGGUAGAAAGUGGCUAAAAAGGGUUGGAACCCCAGGGUGUAAAUCAGUGACGCCUGGCAACACGUCAAACCAAUCAACUGCCUUGCUUGGGCGGAGUUCCAAAGCGAUAGAAAAUAUACUCCGACAUCUGCCCACUCACAAUCUCAUACAGUAUGUUGCCUGACUAUAAUAUUUUAUCUUGAUACGUUAAUAAAUACAUACUGUGUCCAUUUUGGCAUGUUUAACUGUCUAGAGUAUCCAUUGUAAUGUGCAUAGACCACAGGCUAACUGACAAAGAAUUGGUAGCUAGCUAGCUACCCACGAACAUUGAUAAUUAUGUUACAAGCUGGUGAUUGUAAGCUUGUGGUACAAGCUUGUGAUUGCUUUAUGUAGUUAUCUUGUUUUGUAAGGUAAUGCAGUAGCACGGGAGUGUGCAGUGCUUCUCAAAUGUACAUUUUUAUGUGUUCUCCACACUCUCGUCCUCACAAGAACCUACUAACUAAAACGUUGGAGUGAGGCACACGAACACCCAGUGACACACGUCAUAACACGCAGCACCCAAUCUACGGGCAUGUGGGGGGAAGAGUUCUUGAAAUGUACCAUAAAAUAAUGCCGCGCUCCAGUCUAGCCGUUUCGGCUAAUACAAACAUCUUCAGACUUCCAAAUGAGUGGCGUGACAACAACGUGAUUUGGAGGUGUGGUAACACGAGACUAGUACAUUACAUAUACACACAAUAUAUUACAUAUCACAUCUGCACUAAGUAUUUAUUUUCUCUCAAACCCAUUGAUGGCAAUAACACCAUUUAUCUUACGGAUCUAUCAACAUCUGCAUUGCUUAAGACUGCCUUAAGAAAUUAUCUCAUGGACUGUCAGUCAUUGCAUCCAGGGUUGCGUCAAUUAAUUGGAGAGAGACUGGUUACAUUUCCCCAUCCCUCAGCUUACCAAACAAAGUGGUUGGGUCAGGCGAUUGAAAUUACAUAUUGAACCUUUAAUAUGUGUCUCACCAAUGCAAUUGUGUAUCAGUAUAUAACAGAAUCCUACCUGCAGUCCCGCAGAUAAUCAACAGUAACACGACAGGUAUCAUAUCUGUCUCAAGCUGGGGUUCCACUGAGCUAUAACACUGCUGUCUGAAGCGUGGACUGAAGUGUGGAAAAGACUUGCACAUCACAUCUAUCAGAUUACUUCCUUACUUCUCUGAUAUAAGAUAAGCGACUAUCUCAUGGCUUUCUUACUUCCAUGAAAUUAGACUAACUUCCUCUAGCAGUUUAUCUCGGAUCAUUGGACCCACCUACCUACCGGAAAAAAACCCAUAGGGAACUGCUGACAGGUCAGCAAAGUUUUGCACAGUGUGCACUAGCCAUAAAAUUAAAUGGAACAUAAACCACGUUUCCAUCCACAGUUUUUAUGCGAGUAUAAAAUAAAAUAAAUAAUGACAGCUGUGAAGGAAACAGGAAUUUUCAGUACAAUUUUAUAAAUGCUGACAGAUAAUUUUUCGUUCAACCUGGUGGGAUCUUUUUGUGUUGGUAAAAUUAAUAAUGCGAGAAAUGGAGGUGGAAAUUCCUUUAUGCGCAAAUAUUGAUAUAAUAACCAUCAUAUCAUCACUACGUCAUCACACACUGAUUUUUAUCCGCACAUCAUGCACUGACUUUGGUGGAAACACCACUGUUGGGAAAAUGCACAUAUUUUCUAUAUGCAGAUUUUUGAAUAUUCGCAUGAAAAUCUGUCGUCAAUUGGAUGGAAACCUAGCUAUAGAAAGUUAUUUAAUGUAUCUCUAUGGUACUAGGUGUCUAACCCAUUAUUAUCGGUUAGAUCUGGAGAAGGGGUAGGCUACUUGGUGUAGACAAAGCUAGAGCUGUGCUAUCCUUCAGAUCAAUUAAGAAGGAGAUCAGUCGUUUAAAAAGGUUGAGCUCUAUUAACGCUGUCAUGGGUGAGGGGCUGCCAAAUGAUGAUCGCACUGAUUACUAAUAAACACAAUGAGACAAAUACAGUGUGCUGUUGUCUUUGCAUUUGAACAUGUAUGACAUACAGUACCAGUCAAAAGUUUGGACACACCUACUCAUUCCAGGGUUUUUCUUUAUUUUUACUAUUUCCUACAUUGUAGAAUAAUAGUGAAGUCAUCAAAACUAUGAAAUAGCACAUAUGGAAUCAUGUAGUAACCAAAAAAGUGUUAAACAAAUCAAAAUAUAUUUUAUAUUUGAGAUUCUUCAAAUAGCCACCCUUUGCCUUGAUGACAGCUUUGUACACUCUUGGCAUUCUCUCAACCAGCUUCAACUGGAAUGCUUUUCCAACAGUCUUGAAGGAGUUCCCACAUAUGCUGACUGCUUUUCCUUUACUCUGCGGUCCGACUCAUCGCAAACCAUCUCAAUUGGGUUGAGGUCAGGGGAUUGUGGAGGCCAGGCCAUCUGAUGCAGCACUCCAUCACUCUCCUUCUUGGUAAAUAGCCCUUACACAGCCUGCAGGUGGGUUGGGUCAUUGUCCUGUUGAAAAAUAAAUGAUAGUCCCACUAAUCCCAAACCAGAUGGGAUGGUGUAUCGCUGCAGAAUGCUGUGGUAGCCAUGCUGGUUAAGUGUGUCUUCAAUUCUUAAUAAAUCACAGACAGUGUCACCAGCAAAGCACCCCCACACCAUAACACCACCUCCGCCAUGCUUUACGGUGGGAACUACACAUGCGGAGAUAAUCCUUUCACCCACACCACGUCUCACAAAGACACGGCGGUUGGAACAAAAAAUCUCACAUUUGGACUCCAGACCAAAGGACAAAUUUCCACCGGUCUAAUGUCCAUUGCUCGUGUUUCUUGGCCCAAACAGGUCUCUUCUUCUUAUUGGUGUCCUUUAGUAGUGGUUUCUUUGCAGCAAUUCAACCAUGAAGGCCUGAUUCACACAGUCCCUUCUGAACAGUUGAUGUUGAGAUGUGUCUGUGACUUGAACUCUAUGAAGCAUUUAUUUGGGCUGCAAUUUCUGAGGCUGGUAACUCUAAUGAACUUAUCCUCUGCAGCAGAGGUAACUCUGGGUCUUCCAUUCCUGUGGCGGUUCAUCAUAGCUCUUGAUGGUUUUUGCGACUGCACUUGAAGAAACUUUCAAAGUUCUUGAAAUGUUCUGUACUGACUGACCUUCAUGUCUUAAAGUAAUGAUGGACUGUCGUUUCUCUUUGCUUAUUUGAGCUGUUCUUGCCAUAAUAUUGACUUGGUCUUUUACCAAAUAGGGCUAUCUUCUGUAUACCCCCCCUACCUUGUCACAACACAACUGAUUGGCUCAAACACAUUAAGAAGGAAAGAAAUUCCACAAAUUAACUUAAGACACACCUGUUAAUUGAAAUGCAUUCCAGGUGACUACCUCAUGAAGCUGGUUGAGAGAAUGCCAAGAGUGUGCAAAGCUGUCAUCAAUGCAAAAGGUGGCUAUUUGAAGAAUCUCAAAUAUAAAAUAUAUUGUGAUUUGUUUAACACUUUUUGGGUUACUACAUGAUUCCAUAUGUGUUAUUUCAUAGUUUUGAUGUCUUCACUAUUAUUCUACAAUGUAGAAGAUAGUAAAAAUAAAGAAAAACCCUGGAAUGACUAGGUGUUCUAAAACAUUUGACCGGUAGUAUACAUGUAGGCUACUCCCAUGCACCAUUGGAAGAGUUUUGUAGAUUAAUACGAUAUUUUCUCAUGAAUGCCAUCAGAUUAUUGUUAAUGUGUAUCAUUCAAGUUUAAUGGAAAAUGUGAUGUUAGACCGUUGAAAUGUAUAUUUAUCCUGUUGAUAAUAAAUUCCUUAUUUUUUCCCAGGAUGUCCUCGUAGGCUGACCUACCAAUGUCGGAUCAGUAUUAGGAAAGUGAUGGGGAAGCAUCGGCUAAAAUACAUCCCUUCUCUACCGCUCCCGGACCCCAUUCAGAACUUCCUGCUUCACCAGAACUGACUCUGGCAGGCCUUGUCUUUGAUGAUCGUUAUGCAAUUAUGAGCAGUGGCGGACUUACCAUAAGGCAGAAGAGGCAAUUGCCUCAGGCCUC